AUGGCUGCUCCUCCACGAGUUACCAUCGAACACCUUAGCGGUGAAUGGAUAUUGAACAAGGCACUAACCAGCGAAACGGAUCCUAUCCUCAAACUGCAAAAGGUAUCCUGGUUACUCCGCAAAGCGUUCGGAUUGGCAACUAUAUACCUCCAAAUCUCACAGUCAAAGCCAGCCUCUGACACAGACCCCGCAACGAGAAUCGAUUUUACACAGACGGCCUCGGCAGGUCUGGCUGGAACUAAAGAAGAGCGUGUGCUCGAUUGGAAAAUAGCCGAUCACGAAGACUACUUCUUCGGUGUGGUUCAGGGCCAGUGCGAAUUCGUCCAUGGCGUUACUGAUCACGAUGGAAUUAUAAGACCGGACUUUGAGCUUCUGACUUCCGAGGUCAAUGACCAGAUCAAGCAGUAUUUGCGUGGGGAAAUUGAGGUGGAUGGAAGCAAAUCAGCCGGGUUUCUCGUUGAGGAACAAAGCGAGAUGCCUGAAAAGGGUCCUGGUCUCUGGGUACACACUUCUGAGAAGAAUGUGAAGGCUGGAUGGACAGCAGAACAGAUCUGGGGAUUUGAAAUGAUCGGGGAAGUGCGCUAUUUCUCUCGUCGAGUGGUGGUCAUGACAACAAAGGGACAAUAUAUCUGUGGGAAACUUGUGUUUGAUUUUGUAAGUAAUUGA